AUGACUAAAGGGUCAUGCCAAAGGGUAGACGUACAUCGUGCACCGUUAACACGCAAAUUCUCAGAUUUGAGUUCCAUGGAGGAGGAUGUGAACACGCAUGUGAACCUCAUUGUUGAAUCUCUUCCCGUCUCUGAUCAGAAACUCAAGCAAAUAGCUGAAGAGACAGCAAAAGAUCCAGUUCUCCAAGCUGAUGUUGACAAUCUGAACAAUGACUGGGUGAAAAGUUUUUGUGUUCAUUUCUACAAUGUUAAAUCGGAGCUCAGUAUGGCAGAUGGAAAUGGACCUCACUCCUGUCCUAAUGAAAGUUCUGCUCUUCUUCUUCGUUAUUUUUCCUCAGCAGUCACACACUCUCUGCAGUAUCUCUACACUGGAGUCACAGGAAUAAAUUUCCCAGAGUUAAGUGUUAUCGGUCUGGUGGAUGGAGAGCACUUCAUGUACUAUGACAGCGACACCAGGAAGGUGAUCGUGAAGACAGAGUGGAAAGAGAAGUUUGAUGAUGAUCAUUGGAACAGAAUGACAUAUUUUUAUCAAGGUCAACAGGAUUGGUUCAAAGAAAAUAUGGCUAAAGCAAUGCAGAGCUUCAAUCAGACUAAAGGAGUUCACAUGAUGCAGUUCAUGUACGGCUGUGAGCUCCAUGAUGACGGCACCACUAGAGGAUACAGUCAGUACGGUUAUGAUGGAGAAGAUUUUGUCAGUCUUGACCUGAAAACGUUCUCCUGGACUGCAGCUAAACAACACACCAUGAUUAAAGAAAACAAGUGGGAUUCUAAAGGACAUCAAGCUCAACGCUGUAAGGACUUCCUGAAGUACGGCUGUAUCGAAAGAUUACAGAAGUUUGUGAAUUACGGCAGAGACAUUCUGGAGAGGAAAGAUCCUCCUACAGCAUCAGUGAUCCAGAAACACUCGCCUUCUCCAGAGGUGGUGUGUCACGCUACAGGUUUCUUCCCCAAAGCAGUGAAUAUCACCUGGAGGAAGGACGGAGAGGACGUGAACGAGGACGUGGAGCUCAGAGAGACGUUACCCAACCAGGAUGGAAGCUUCCAGAAGAGAAGCAUUCUGAAAGUCCCAGCUGAGGAUCUGCAGAAACACACCUACACCUGCGUGAUUCAGCACAGCAGCUUGAAGGAGGAGUUAGUGCUGAAUGUGAGGAACGAGUGUCGAAUCCUAACAGGUGGAGGAUCAGAUGAAGCACAAAUUGUUAUCAUCGUUGGUGUUGUCAUGACUCUUGUAGCUCUCAUUGCUGGAAUUAUCAUCUGGAAGAAGAAGAACUCUGCCCUAUUGCUGCUCUUCCCGUUAUCAUUUACCUCCGUGCACGGCGUCUUCUUCUCCCCUCAGCUCCGAUUUCCGGAUCACCACUCCUACAGCUGAGUAUCCUCCUCUCUCCUCUCUCUACCUGCAUUCCGCCUCAAUAAUCACACCCCUUCCGGGGUUUUGAUGCUCCAUUGUCUGUUCGCUUCUGGUGUUUUUAUGACAGGUGUUUUUUUGUCUCUGCCUUUUUUUGAUUACACUCCUGACCACAUUUCGGAUUUGUGUUUUUCUGUACCUAGUCUGACUGCUUUAAUAAACCUCAUGUGUAUAGAUCCUUAUAUGCUUAUUAUCCUUAUCUCCACAGUUCCAAUAUUAAUGACCUACUCCUACACACACUUGUCAUAUUGAAGUUUUCUCCAUCCAAAUCCUAAUUCUUUGGGUGUUUUACCUUCAGCAAGUGAAAUGCAGUUUAAAUGAAUUCUUGGUCACUGCAGAUUCCACUUCUUUACCUUAUAAAAGUCUUGGAUUGCUUUCACAGUGUCCCUCAGGUCAUUGUCCAUCUGCACUGUGAAGCACCUACCAAUGGGUUUUGAAGCAUUUGACUGAAUCUGAGCAGACAAUAUAGCUCCUCACAUUCAAAGUGACAUACAGACAAGUUGGUCAAUAUUAAUUAAUUAUGGCCUGAUUUGACCACUAGGGGGCUCUUUUCUUUACAGCACACAUUGCACUGAUCUCAAGCUGAAGAGGAAACAACCUGCUAAUCAACUAUACUGCCUGCUAAAGUUUAUGGGUCAAUAAUUCAUACAAAUUCUUACUUAACAAAUGAUAAAUAUGAGAAAACACUGUAAUUUUAAUCCACGUACUAAAGAAUCAUGUUUUACGUUUUUGAAGUUUGUCCCAAAAUAAAUGUGUUGGCCAACUGUUAGCAGUUCUGAAUUAGGAAAAUGUCCUAUCUUAAAAUCUUUCAUUUAUAGUUAUCAUUUAUAUUAAGCUAUGUCUAUAAAAUAUUUGGUGAAAUAUUUAAAAGAACAAUUUAUAAAGUAAGAGUAGGUUAGCGGGUACACUGGGUAGCAGGAGCCAAUGUGAAAUGUGAGAGAAUGGAUGGAGAGACCACUUAGAGAAAUAAAGGAAAAAGGAGAGG